UGUGAAGUGAAGUGAAGUGAGCUGAGGUGAGGAGGUGCAGCGGCUCUGCCACACAUCCGGGUGUCGCUCCUGCUCAGAGCGCAAACUCGCUCCAGGCUGCGGCGAGUUACUGCUGCUGCUGCUGCGUUUCCGCGACGCUCAGUGAGUGCAAGACACAGAGUGCCACCCUGAUCCCAGCUGGAUUUCCAUACCGCAAUGGACGAGGACUAACGCUUAACUCAUUCACGUGCCAAAUCUUAUUGUGUACAAUGUGUAUCGCUGGGGAUUAACUUCGGCAUGGACGACAUGGAGGACGGCUUCAUAAUAACAACACUGCCUGCCAUGCGAGGCGCAGCUCCGGCCAAACUAUAGGAAGAGUGGCCGCAUCCCUUCUGCCUUUUUCUUUCUUUCUUUCUUUUAUUUUUUUCCCACUGCAAUUUUCUCCGUUCAUGCGUUCGUCCCCAAGCCACGUCUUUUACCGGAGGCAGCAUGAAGAAGUUUAAUAUCAGAAAGGUGCUGGACGGCUUGACUGCGGUUUCCUCCUCGUCGUCCUCAUCCGCAUCAACUCAGCCGGGGAACAGGGAAAACGACAUCAUUCAGGAGACUCUGCAGUCCGAGCAUUUUCAGCUCUGCAAGACAGUGCGACAUGGUUUUCCUUAUCAACCCUCAGCUAUGGCUUUUGACCCGGUGCAAAAAAUACUGGCGAUUGGGACACAGACUGGAGCCUUAAGACUCUUUGGCCGUGCCGGUGUUGAGUGUUACUGCCAGCAUGAGAGCGGCUCGGCUGUCAUCCAGCUGCAGUUUCUCAUCAACGAGGGGGCGCUGGUGAGUGGUUUGGCUGAUGACAGCGUUCAUUUAUGGAAUCUGCGGCAAAAGAUUCCAGCUAUACUCCAUUCCCUUAAAUUCAGCAGGGAGAGGAUCACGUUUUGCCAUCUGCCCUUUCAGAGUAAAUGGCUUUACGUCGGAACAGAACGGGGAAAUAUUCAUAUUGUCAAUGUGGAGUCCUUCACUCUCUCAGGCUAUGUCAUCAUGUGGAACAAAGCCAUUGAUCUCUCUUCAAAAUCCCAUCCUGGUCCAGUGGUACACAUCAGUGAUAAUCCUAUGGAUGAGGGAAAGCUUUUGAUUGGUUUUGAAUGUGGUAUUGUUGUGCUGUGGGACUUGAAAUCAAAGAAGGCUGACUAUCGCUACAGCUAUGAUGAGGCGAUCCAUUCAGUGGCCUGGCACCAUGAAGGGAAACAGUUUGUGUGCAGUCAUUCAGAUGGUACACUUACCACAUGGAAUAUACGUUCUCCUGCCAAGGCAGCACAGAUCAUUAUACCACAUGGCAAGCAGCCCAAAGAUGGAAAAAAGCCUGAGCCAUGCAAACCCAUUCUGAAAGUGGAAUACAAAACAACCAGAGCUGGGGAUCCAUUUAUGAUACUGUCUGGAGGUCUUUCAUAUGAUACAGUGGGACGCAGGGCAUGCCUGACUGUAAUGCAUGGAAAAAGCACUGCUGUACUAGAGAUGGAUUAUCCCAUUGUGGAUUUUUUAACUCUGUGUGAAACUCCUUAUCCGAAUGAUUAUCAAGAGCCUUAUGCUGUAGUGGCCCUGCUGGAGAAAGAUUUAGUAGUUAUUGACCUUGCACAAACCGGAUAUCCUAUCUUUGAAAACCCAUAUCCUCUGACUAUCCACGAGUCUCCAGUGACCUGCUGUGAAUACUUCGCUGAUUGUCCUGAUGAACUCAUCCCUGCACUUUACUCUGUGGGAUCCAGGCAAAAGAGACAGGGCUACAGUAAAAAGGAAUGGCCUAUAAGUGGUGGAAAUUGGGGCCAGGGCACACAAAGCUAUCCAGAGAUCAUCAUCACAGGGCAUGCUGAUGGUUCAGUCAAGUUUUGGGAUGCUUCUGCAUUAAUGCUACAGGUACUGUACAAGCUGAAAACAGCCAAGGUAUUUGAGAAAGCCCGUAACAAGGAGGAGAAGCCCAGCACUGACAUAGUGGAUGAAGACCCUUUUGCCAUCCAGAGUCUGUCCUGGUGCCCAGAGAGCCGCAUGCUGUGUGUGGCUGGAGUCUCUGCUCAUGUCCUUGUUUACCGGUUCAGUAAACAGGAAGUAACCACAGAGGAGGUUCAGCUGUUGGAGGUGCGGAUGCAGUGUGAGCUGAAUGAGGUAGACUCUCCGGACUGUGGAGGGGACCACGCGUCAGCUGUAUCCACACCCGGAGCUUCAUCCAGCCCUCAGUCAAGCGCACCACAAACACACCUAUCCACCAGCAGCAAUAACUCAACUGAUGGCCUGCGUGAUAACGUGCCCUGCCUCAAGGUGAGAAGCACUCCGCUCAAACAGUCUCCAGGCUACCAGGUGGAACUGGUCAUUCAGCUGGUAUGGGUCAGCGGGGAGCCACCACAGCAGGUCACCAGCCUGGCUGUCAACUCUGCAUAUGGCCUAGUGGUUUUUGGUAAUGGUAAUGGUCUAGUGGUGGUGGAUUAUCUUCAGAAGACCCUGCUUCUCAACGUGAGCACAGCAGAACUAUAUGGCUCCUCUGAUCCACACCAGAGACAGCCACGCUCACCCCGCAAAGCCAGACAGCCCUCUGGAGACAAUCUACCUAGGAAGUCUUGCAUGUCUGGCCUCUCUAGCUUUUAUUCAGAAUCUGUGAAAAAACUGCGUUCUUCCUAUCGCAGUCUUUGCGAUGGCCAUGACGGUUCUACUGCCUUAGACGACCGGUGCAAAUCUCCUACAUCAGGCUGCGUAAACUCCGACUCCCCCUGCAAUUCUGAUGAUGACACCAAACAAAAUUUCUUUGAAAGGGUGAAGUUGAAAAGCAGACUGUUAUCAAAGACUUUUGCCAAUGACAUUGCUAAGAUGUCAUGGAAAUUUAGCUUGGCUGCUGAUCAGAAACAAGAUGGGACUAUACGGCGGCAGUACUCUCUCCCUAUUAAGAAACGUGUAUGUAAUGAGAAGGAGGAAGUGUCCAGAAGAAAAGCAACAUCUAUUCACAGGACCUACUCUGUGCCUGAUUCCUAUGCCAAGGACAACUCCUUUAGCCGCUCACGCAGCUCCAGCGUGACCAGUAUUGAAAAAGAGUCACGUGAGGUCAUUUCUUCUUUGCAUUUUUGCGACUCCCUGUCAAGAAAAAGUGAUGUGGCAGCAUCUCCCAGCCUUUGGGUGGGCACCUCUGUGGGCUCUAUGCUGGGUAUCUCUUUUAAUAUGUCCUCCACCCCUGAACAAAGGCUGCAACAAACAGUAGGCGUCUCCUUCUGCGGCUCAAUAAUUCGGUUGAAAGGAGGCAUCUUACACAUGGCAUUGAUGGACUCAAGUGGCUCUCUACAGCCUUCUGCCUCUGAGUGCUGGUAUGACCUCAAUGCCCCUGAGGAGGAGAGGGAAAAGACACGGCGGCGCCGGCCUGCCUCACCCUCCUCUUCUCAGGAGAACCAAGACACCCACUACGCUGUAGUCUGUUCUGAGAAACAGGCCAAAGUGGUGGCUCUGCCCUCGCAGAACUGUAUCUUUGAACACAACAUCACUGAAACCUCGUACGUACUGAGGGCCGACGUUGUGGUCAUGCCUGCUGGAAUCUGCUUCGCCUGUUUUUGUGCCAACGGCCAUAUCAUGACUCUGAGUUUGCCCAGUCUGCGGCCGCUACUAGACGUGAACUAUCUGCCUCUGACGGACAUGCGGAUAGCCCGAACAUUCUGCUUCUCCAACCUGGGUCAGGCGCUUUAUCUCACCUCCCCCACUGAGAUCCAGAGAAUCACCUACAGUCAGGAAACCUGCGACAACUUACAGGAAAUGCUAGGCGAGCUAUUCACUCCAGUUGAGACACCGGAGGCUCCGAACAGAGGCUUUUUUAAAGGUCUUUUUGGAGGCGGAGCCCAAUCCCUGGAUAGAGAGGAUCUCUUUGGAGAACUGGCAGCAGGGAAGGCCUCACGCAGCCUUGCCCAGCACAUUCCAGGGCCAGGGAGCAUGGAGGGCAUGAAGGGCGCAGCAUCAGGAGUCGUGGGCGAGUUGGCACGUGCCCGGAUAGCUCUCGAUGAAAGAGGACAGAAGCUCGGUGAGCUGGAGGAGAGAACGGCAGCCAUGAUGUCCAGCGCAGACUCGUUUUCAAAGCAUGCACAUGAUGUGAUGUUAAAGUACAAGGAUAAGAAGUGGUAUCAGCUCUGAUCGCCAUUCAGAAAGUCAGGGGGAUGUUUGUCUCGGGGCUGCACACCCACUCCACUCCCUCUCUUCCUCCUCUUCCUUUGUCUCUCAAAUGUAAUGGUUGUGUCUGUUGUUCUCGAGAUCAACACCACAUUGUUUUCUCAGUCCUCUAACACAGGCUGAGCAGAGGGACUAAACAGAGAGUGAGAAGGGAAGAACCAGGAAGGGGGAAAGGAAUGCCAGCAAAAAAAAACCUUCAAUUUCUCUACAUAUGGAAUGUGAGAGGUUUGAACACUCUUUCCUGUCACAAAGAUGCUCUUUUCUGUUACAGGAUAGAGGCCUCAACAUGAUUUCUGGCCAUGUGACCUGCUCUCAUAAUCAUUCUCUGUGCUGUCAUUUUGUCACUGCCAUUCUAAUCAUAAAAUCACCAAAAAAACAAGAAAAAAAAUACAGAAAAAGAUUGUGAUUAUUUCUAUAAAUGAAUGGGGCCAGAAUAGUUGAACACUGAGCACAAGUAAAUGUUAUGCCCAUAGCAUUGCCUGGUGUAAUGCCCUCUGAUUACAAUAGAUUUAAAUAAUAGCAUGUCUAGUGACUUAGAAACCUAGCAUUUCACAACUUUUUGUUUCUUUUCCUUUUCACAUGGACAGAAGGCUAAAUGAAGUAUGAUGAAGUGUCAUUAAUUCCAUCUCUAAAAGGGCUGGUAAUGUGCUGUAACAACCACAUAGCAUGUAAUCAUUUCGGCCAGAUCACGGACUGGCCAGUGCAAAGUAGAAUCAUGCCGGUCUUUCAUGUCUGUACUUUUUCAUAAAGCACAUCCUGUUUUACACUGAUCAGAUCCCUAGAAUUCCAUUAGGAGCUUUUGGUUUAGACACACAACAUGUGCAUCCAAACAUAUAUUAGGGUAAAUGAACUGAGCAUGACCUAAUCACCUGCUGAAUAUAUGUAGUUUAUGAGCGGUUGCAUAUCAUACACUGGAGAACUAUAUCCUGGAGCAUGUGUACUAUUUUUGUGGCGAAACUUGAUUAAGACUUGAAAAAAAAGUGUGAGGCAUGACUUACAGUAUGUGCCUUGUGAUGACUGAUGUAGUAGAUUUUCCUCACUACCAGGCAGACACUCAAGAAUGUUCUGUGGAUACGUUGUAGAGUUUUGCUCCUCCUCCCGUUUCUCCCUUGAUGCUUCAGCUUCUUUGCUGCGCCACUCCAAAGGAGGCCCCCUUAGAGCAGCUCUAAAGUGAUACUGCUGUUCAGGCCUGGUUCCAUUCAGCAGUCCUCAGGUAGAGGAAAGAUAUAUUUCUCUUCAAAUCACCUCCAUCCCCCCCAAAGUUACUUAAAUGCAUGAGUUUCAUCCAGCUCAGAGAACCAACUAUAGCCAUCUAUGUGUUAGCUGCAGAGGAAGUGACCAAGCGCCACUAAGCAACUCCAUGCUGUUGGUCAGCAUUUCCCCAAUCUGUACCUGAGAGGGGUUUCUCUUUUGCCUUUGCUUAUCAUGCAAAUAUGCUAACCUCGACCUAUGUGUGUAUCUGUGAGUCUUUGUGAGCAUACAUAUAUGCAGGAAUAUGUGUGUGCUCACAUAUGGUUGUAGAAAUGUCACAGCACCUGAUUAUUUGAAAUUCUAAGUUGAAACUUUUUUGUUAUGUACUGGAGUUUUUUCUUUCUUUCGGUUUGUGAGGUGCAAGAAAUUGCUGCUACUUGUUUAUUUAGGAGCAUAUUUUUUGGUUCUCUAUUUACCAGUUAAGGAUGCCGCUUUUCCGUUCUUUUUUUUUUUUUUUUCCAAAUUGCUGCCAAAUGUUGUAAAUAGUUGGACAUUUGAAGACAAAUUUGAGAGUGCUAGCACAAAGCAACUAGGGAUGGUCGCCAUGUCCUUGUCUGACACCAAAAAGUUGUUUAGCUAGUAUCUGAUCGUCCAAACUCAGAGGGUCUGACCUGCUGGGAUGCUUGUUGUUGAGAUUAUGAGAGAAUGGUGUCAUGACCUCCCUAGAAAUACAGUGAGCCGCUCCGUUGCUUACCAUGACCUUUGUGUAAAUACCUACCAAAAUGGAGAAUUUUCAGCGUUGAGCGAACUGAAAAUGAAUUACGCUACUGUGCUUCAUAAUCUUUUUGUUUUAUAUGCGGUUGUGUGGUUUUGCACUAUAUGUUUUGUAUUAUAAUGACAUGAAUGUCAUUUUAUUGAUAUUUUUGUAGUUUGUAUUGUAACUAUUUUUUGACAUUUGUUUCUUUUAGAAGGACCAAAACAUGAGUAAGCAAGAUGCUGAGAUGUGUUAAUGGCAAGCUUCAAGGAGUGUCUUCUACUCUCAGAUCUGUCUUCAUUGUCAGUUUAAUGAUAUGAUAUAUUUAUAUAUUUGGAAAAUAUAUAUACUUUUAAUUUCAGAUAUUUACAAAUAAAUACUUUUAGUAUAUUAUUUAAAGAGAAUGGUGCGUUUUAAGAUAAUUAGUUGUAUAUAUUCUCCCUGAAUAUCAGAUAUCAGAUUGAAACGCGUGAAGGUGAGUGGCCAACUGCUUGUGGUUCUGUAGACGGAGGAGCUGCUUCAGCUCUGAAGCUCUGUGUGUCCGAGACUAUAGGCCAUUUCUGUAUACUGUGUCCUUCAAGUUUUCUUGCACAAAAAAGGCAGCAUGAUACUUAGUGUUUACAAAUUUGAAACAUUCAUAAUGUAUACCCUUUACAGACUAUGUCUAAUUUCUGAAUCAUGUUUAACAAGUACAGAUCCCAUGUAUCUUUUGUUUCUCAGUCAGGCAUGGAGGAACAUAUUUAACGUGUGUUGUUACAUUUUGAAUUGUUCAGCGUGAGCAUACUCAGCCAAUACAGUACUCCUUAAAACCCAUGCUCUUCUGUUUUCUGGGGAGAGGGUCUGUUUUCUUAAUUGCCAUGUUUGAAAGUUUCUGUGGGGUGCAGUUUUCCUCAUUAUAGCAAAGUUAUUGUACAGUUUUAUUAAGCAAAAUUUCACAUGGAUGUUUGUCUUAAUAUGCUGCCACCUACAGUCUAGGAAAUAUGUUGAUUAUACAUAACUGUGGAUUGGAAAAUAAAUGUAAAUCAAACAAU